UCUUGUGACCGCGGGCGGCGCGGGGGAAGCCGGUGCGGCCGCCUCCGAGGGGCCCGAGCCCCGCCGCCGCCUGCACCGCGCCCGCCGCCUGCAGCGCGCCCGGCCCGGGGAGCCGACCCGGGGGGCGCCCCGCCAUGGCCCACAAGCCCCUGCUGGGGGAGCGGCCGCCCGCCUACAACCUGGAGGCCGGCCAGGGCGACUUCGCGUGCGGCCCGCCCGGCUACGGCGCCAUCCCCUCGGCGCCCCCGCCGCCGCCCUACCCCUACCUCGUCACAGGGAUCCCCACCGCGCAGCCUCGAGUGUACAACAUCCAGAGCCGGACCGUCACCAGGUACCCCGCCAAUUCCAUCGUGGUCGUCGGAGGCUGCCCCGUGUGCAGGGUUGGCGUCUUGGAGGAUUCCUUCACCUUCCUGGGCAUCUUCUUGGCCAUCAUCUUAUUCCCCUUCGGUUUCAUCUGCUGUUUCGCCUUGAGGAAGCGAAGAUGCCCCAACUGCGGAGCCUCCUUUAGUUAAAGGGAGCCUGGGCCCGGCUGUCCUUCCAAUGUAAAUGUCUGUACAGUCGCUUUCCAGUUAAGCUUCAGGACUGCUUGGGAGUGUGAGGUGGGAUCUGUGUGGCACUUGCCAGCCCAGGGGUCGCGAAGUGGGGACAUAGAGCAGCAGUGUCCCCCGGCUCAUGACAAUAAAACACUGCUUUUAUUUUCGCAGUCUUCAAUUUGAGAAAGGUGUUUUAAAUAAACAAGAUUCAUACCACUGCC